AUGGCAGCUAUCCUGGGAGAGGGAGCCGUUGAUGAGCUGGUGAUUGAUGCCCAGCUCAUGGCUACGGAAGCGACAGGUGUUGGCUUCACCUCGAAAGGGGUGGUUCUUCGCGAGGAUGAGGAGCUCUUUGAGCUUGGGGACCUCCGUUUGUUGGGGGACCACCGUGACAAUGCUGGCAAGCGGCGGUUGGAACUUGGCGCAGCGGUGGCCCUCAUGCACAAUGCCGAGGACAAGGAGUUCCCGAUUGCCGGAACCCGAUCUUCGAAGGAGUUGCACGAGAGUGUGGCCCUUGGCCCUCGUAACUUCCUCAGCUACCAUGCCGAGUGGUUGCGGUUGUCAGGGGUUUCAGGUCGAAGCUCCUCGGCCCAUGUGCAUCGCAACUUGUGCGAGGUGCUCAGGCUAUUGCAUUCCUGCUCCUUAGCAGCAGGCGAGACGCUGUGCAGGUGGGUGAUUCAGACGGAGCUCGCGGUGGAGCGUUCGCCGUCGAUGCCGGACUAUUCUGGCCUUGACAUUGUUGCCGGUACGGCAACUCUUCCAGACGGCCGUGCAUCCACCAGCAAGUUCAAUGAGUGGGUGUCCGCCAGAUUGAAAGAGCGUGCAAGCAUCUGGAAACAGGAGCGCCUUUUUCGACAAGAGCGCAAGACCCGUGGUGGCAAAGGCAAGGAUGACAUUGAUGACGAUUCCGAAGAUGAUGGACCGGGUGACUCUCGGAAGAAAGCCAACAAGAAGAAGAAGAAAGGCGGGAAAGGCAAGGGCGGCGAGGAUGGUGCAUCCGGCUCCCAUGGAGCCGGCCAGAACAAGUAG